GCCUACAGUGGUGGAAUCGAACGUCCCCGAGCGCACACGGCGUAGAGGAGAGUACGGCGCACGAGUCUCUGGAAGGGAGAUAACGGUUUGUGUUUUUGCCCCCUCUCCACUCAAACAACAAGAACAAACCAAACCUGAAUUUUUAGGGGGGUUUACAGAGUCUUCUGCUCACUAGGAGGAGGGAAGCGAGGGAUUGGAGCCGCAGGUUUUUUUUCUUUUUUCGUUUUUUUCUCUCUUUUUCCUAAAAGAGGAUUCUGUGUUUCGCGGUGGUUUGUUCUUCGCUCUCGCCGCAAAGAUGAUGGUCGGAGAGGUCGAAGUGAAGGAGCGACCGAGGCCGAGUCCCGACUAUUUGAUGCAAUUAUUAAACGAGAAGAAGCUCAUGACCAGUUUGCCAAAUCUCUGCGGCAUCUUCACACACCUGGAGAGGCUUCUCGAUGAAGAGAUCAACAGAGUGCGUAAAGACAUGUACAGUGACACAGUGAAUGGCCUUGUGGACAGACACCCGCUGGAGCUGCCUGAGCCUAUGGGGCCCAUCGUCCACCUGCAGGAAAAACUGUUUGUGCCUGUCAAAGAGUACCCUGAUUAUAACUUUGUGGGGAGAAUCCUUGGCCCUCGGGGACUCACAGCCAAACAGUUGGAAGCAGAGACAGGAUGCAAAAUCAUGGUGCGAGGCAAGAGCUCCAUGAGAGACAAGAAGAAGGAGGAGCAGAACAGAGGGAAGCCAAACUGGGAACACCUAAAUGAAGAUCUUCAUGUCCUGAUCACAGUGGAAGACACACAGGCCAGAGCUGAGAUCAAGAUGAGGAGAGCAGUGGAGGAGGUCAAGAAGCUCCUCGUACCUGCUGCGGAGGGAGAAGACAAUUUGAAGAAGAUGCAGCUGAUGGAGCUUGCAAUUCUGAAUGGGACAUACAGAGACAACAACAUCAAAACACCCACCCUUGCGUUCUCUCUUGCAGCGGCGGCAGCAGCCGCACAGGGCCCCCGUCUCAUAGCAGCCCCUACGGGUCAGGUGUUGCCUCCCCAGGCACUCCGGCCCCCAACACCAGCUGGGGCCCCCAUCAUGAACCUCAUCCGGCCCACUCAGAUGGCUGCCAUGCUGCCCAAUGGCACCCCCACCCUGGUGCCUCCCACACCGGAUGGCGGGCUUAUCUACACCACCCCUUACGAGUACCCUUACGCCCUGGCACCCACCUCCCUGUUGGAGUACCCCAUCGAGCACAGUGGGGUUCUAGGUAAGAGAGCCUGGGGAAGCAUGGGUGCGGCAGGUACAGCGGCCAACUUUAGCCAGCCUGGACAGGAGGGCAGCUUGUUUUACCCCGGAGCUGGGGUGCUGGACGCGGCUUCCAUGAGCCACAGUCAGGACUUGUUGAAAGGUGCAAUGGCUACUAAAGUGAGACGGCAUGACACGCGGGUCCAUCCUUACCAAAGGAUUGUGACCGCUGACAGAGCCGCCACCGGCAACUAACACAUGACCUUCUGACCUCUGAACUCUUCACCCAAUGACGAGCCGCCCCAAGCCUGCCUGCUGAUCAGUUAACUGGUAAUUGCCUUUUGCUAGCCUCUCGGACGCAAGUGAGAGAGAGAGAGGCGCCUGCCCGUACAGUUACCCUAACACGUUCUGACAAAAAAUAGAAACCAACGCAGAAUCUUCACAGAAACACAACAAAACCCAACAAAGUUGUGUAAUAUUCAUUUUUUUCCCUCUGUUCAUUGAGUUCAAUUCCCAUUCUUUCUCUUUCUUUUUCUUCAUGAAUCAUAUACUGGGUGGAUGUGUUUGUGGUAUUACUCAUAAAUCUGCACUGAAUUAUAUAGCAAUAAAGACCCCACCCCACCCUGCCCACCCACUCUCCUUUAAUUGCUGAUUUGGUGACCUCACUUGUAUGGAUCAAACAUCAAACUUCUAUUUGACGCAAACCAUUUGGUUUCACAGUAAUGACAUAAUUCCCCCCCACCCCUCAAAUGUAUCAUAACCCCUCCACCCCCCACCCCACCCCAACAACAACCACCCCACCCCCAACUCCAAAAAAAACAAAAAAACAAUACUUACCUGCCCCCACCCUGUUACACCACCCAUCUAUUGGGAGAGAAAAAGAAAUAGAAGGAAAGAGAACACACACUCACAUUAACUUGUUUAAUUUCUGUCAUUUUUCACAUGUAGUGCAGUUGUUGAGCUCUAAAAUGUAAUUAUGAGCUGACACAUUCUGGGUGUGCCCCUUCAAACAGCUUUCUGUCUGUUUUUUUUAAAAGCAUGGCUGAAAUGAUUGCAAAAGGAGCUUUUUAUGAUUUCUGUGUUUUUCUUCUGUCUUGUUUUUUUGUUUUGUUUUUGUUUUUUAAUUUUGCUUUACUUUUGAGUCAUUUUCUCCACUUGAUUUUGGUUUCUCUGUUGUUCAUAUUUGACUAAUUAGCUUUGCUGAAAUUGACUAGCCAAUCUGAGGCAGGUGGUUAUCUCUGGAAAACAAAGCGCAAUCUGAUGUUUGAAGCAGGCUGCAGAAGCAAAGAAAUGAUGAAGGGCAAGAUGGGAAGGUCAAAAUUGGGCUGACGGGUUUGUGUGUGUGUUUUUUUUUUUUAAAUUAAUACUACAAUGAAAGUAGGGUGUGCUGAGGCUUCGGGGACAUUGGAGCAGUGCUUAUUAGCUACUGACCAUUGCUAUGCCCCCAUCCACACUACAUUCAUUUUACAGUGCCUGAUGUAUUUAGAAAAAUAUCUCAAUGAGUUAGCUGAGCUGUGAUCAAAAAGACAAAAAAAAGUAUUAAGUGUGCAUAUUUAGCCAAAGGGUUUUCCAAUGAAUUAUUAUAUCUGCAAUUAUGCAUCUGUCUCACAGAGGGCUCUCUUUGUGAUUUUAGAGUUUGGGGUGUGAAUUUGUGGUGCCUGCCUUCAGCUGGAACCGACAGCUGCUCAGUUAGAUGAUUUUUGACCCAUUAAUGCUCUAUUUUUUCUGAGGAGGUGAACGCAGGCAAUUAACACUAAGUCAACAUGCUACCAAGUUACAGUACAUUGCUAGGGGGAAGGGCGCUUAGAGGCUUGGUACAUAAAAACUUUUGUCAUGAUAACUGGCUUCUAUAUUGAGUUGUUUCAUCGGCCACAUUGCCAUUGUUUAUUUGCAUUAUCUUUUUUUUUACAUCUCAACAUUUGGCCAAUUUCUUUGUUGAAGUGUAUUUUUUAUUUUUAACCCCAGUUGAACAUUUUCCAUUAGGUGGGCGUAAUUUAAGCCCUCCUGCAAUUUAGAAAAAUAUUUUUGAGUUUUAAUUAUUUUUGUGAUGAAACAUUUAUUUUCAACACACGCCAAACCAUCCAAAAGCGCAUCCACAAUGUGUCACACCUCCCUGUGAUCGUAGUCUAUCUCCUGAGCCCCACAAUCUUUUGUUUAACUCUCUCAAGAAAAAAUAGGAUGUGAAAGCCAUGCCUGCCUGUUCAAAUUGCUUUAUACAUGCGUCUUAUAUAUAUAUAUAAAUAUAUAUAAAUAUAUAAAAAUGUAGAUAUCUGUUAUUGCAUAUACAAAUACAGAAGAGAACAAAAAAAUAGAUAAUUUUACAGGGUGCUGGAGAAGAGAAAAAAAUUGAAAAAUUCUAUUUUUGGCAAUUUUAGCUUUUGAUACUUUACUUGCAGUUACAAAAUCUGAAAAAAAUAAAAUAAAAAAAAGUUUAAAACAGUAUAUGGAGAAAACAGAAAAACUGAGUGGCUGAGGAAAAAGUGCUGUUACUUUGGAUAUGAUUGGAAAGGAAGACGAAGACCAAAACAGUCAUAACCCGUGGAAAGCUAGCAAGGAUCAGUGCGAGAUAAACGCCCAGAGAGUUUUAAAAGGAUCAAAUCAAAGUGCCUUAUCAACAGUGGUUUCUGUUUUCUGAGUAUUCCAGUUGUGUUCAAUAAUAUCCAGCACCCACCAAGUGGCGCAGAGAGGAAUGGCUAGUGUUACACGCUCUGAAUAGUUGAGCAGGGUAGCUCUCACCAUAUCGUGGUGUUACCGAAGUUAUUCUAUGCAAAAAGAAUAGCAGUCGUUUUGACCAGCUAAAAUAUGUGCCAUGGUUUUGUCUUCCUGAAAUAAUUUUUUUCUUUUUCCUUUACUUGAUGGCCCUUUACUCUGCUGUAUGAGCAGGUUUUGUUCUCUUUUUAUUUAGAUUUUAAUGAUCAUAUGAAAUAUUGUCUUGAUUUUUUUUUUUGGUGACUGUGACUACCUUCCUAGAACAAAUUGAACUGCCAAUAGCAAUGCAGUAGUCUGCCAGAACAUGUUUUCAUCAUGAGCUGAGAAAAAUACACGACAUUCAAGGGAAUGGAUACGAAAGUGGGGCUCGUCCCUGUUGGCGUUCCGCCUGUUUGUUUCAACAGCUGCAAACUGAUAGCACCCUGUCCAUGUCAGUGUCUCUCGAUGUCAUUUUAACAACAAACUAUCAAUACAAUCAUGAGAUUCAUAAUGGACAAAUGAAAUAGUGGUUAAUGAAAUAAUCAAGCCUAUUUCACAGCCAAAUAGUUUCCAGUUAUUGAAACAACUGACAGUUUAUCACUGGAAGGUGAAAUAAACCCAUAAUAUUAAAUUGAGGAAUUGUUAGAUCCCAAUAUUACCCUUGGCAGUUUGUUUUUCUAUUCAUAGCUCUUUCAUCAUGCUGUUACACCGAAAGGUCAAUGAAUUUUUCUUUUUCAGUGUUAUUAUUUUAAAUUGAAAUGCAAUAUUAAAGUGGAGCAAGAGAUGGCUAUUCAGCAUUUGACAGUAUUAAGAAAACUCCCUCUGCAAUGUUACAACUUGCUGUGUCAUUGUGAAAGGCUGGAUAAGUCCAUCAGGUGAAAGAUUAACUCUAUACCUACCGUAUUCUCUCUGGCCUGCCUACUACAUGUAUGAUAAUGUAAUUAACAGCCAUUGUUACAGGUUUAUAAUGUAUUUUUCUAAUCUCAUUUUAUAUGUAUAUUAAUCAUGUUUCUGAGUGUUUUUUUUUUUUUUUUUUUUUUAAAUGAAACCCACUACUACUUUUUUUUCCCCCUCCUAAACGGCUCUCUUCCUCCCCCCUUCUCUUUUACAUCUUGAAAACUGUCUCUUGUGGGGAGUGUUGCCUUUUUCCUGUUAUAUUUUGUUUUGUUUUCUUUCCAAUUCCCAGCUUGUUUAACUCAUUAGCUACUUUAUUAGUUUUCUUGUCAUAAGUAUUUUUACAUGCUUGCAUUUAGUUUUCAUGGUGUAUGCUGUUAUUUUUCUUAUUAACCUCUUGGCAUUUAUUUUAAUAAAACAUUCUUAGUAAGAAUUUUACUAACUUGCUGAUAUUUUGUCUUGUGUUUUUAACCAGUUUCAUGAAUGUAUUACCUUGGUCUGGUUCACGGACUAACACAAUUAAAACUGGUGUCUGGCCACCACUUACACUGACUGAUGACAUGCACACCACAUACGCACACACACUAUUCAUCUGUGCACAUAUGCUUUACAGACAGACACUACACAUCACAUGCACACAUACAUCACAUGCACACACACAUACACACACACACACAACCUAACUGGAAACUGCACGAGUUGAUCCGCUCACGCACUCUCACCUCUGUGCUGGAGAAAUCUGCUGACACUCUUCAUACUUGCCCUCCCCGCUCAGUUCCAACACCGCUGCUGUGUCUCGUCGUCUCUGUUAGAGACAACUCUCUUGUUAGUUGUCCUGUCCUUCUGUGUCACUGACCUCAUGAGACGGCAGGAAGUGUCGCAGUCUCGGGGGGGGGGGGGGGGGGGGGGGUAUAAGCUGCACGUUACUUGAGGUCACUGGUUAACUUCUGGGUCAGCUGCCCCCUCUUGAACAAAGCAUCGCUCUGAUUAAAAGGGUGAUUUGCCUGUACACAAUGGUUACUCUCACAGAGUCAACAAAACCUAAUCCCUAAAGAUAAAACUCCUCUUUCUCUAACCAUUCGAUAGUGCAGGACUACAUAAUCUGUGCAAAAAAUACUGCAUAUUAGUCAUCUCAAAAGGCUUAAUUUUACUGUGAAUAUGUGGAGCGGAACAUCUCAUCACCACACAUUAUAGAUGUAGUGAGUUAUUUGCAACAGAUACCUGGGGCAAAUUUAUAGAUGACAGUUAAGUGUGAUCGUCUAAAGCUUUCCCCAGUUUUUUUUUCCAUUGCUUCAAUGGCUUGUUAUGCCUGGAUAGCAGCGUUACAGUUAUCACCAGCUGUUGUCUGUUUGGUGAACACUUCUGCCCAUUCAGCUUAUUGAUAUAACUGCUAAUACUGGGCCAUUUGGGAGCAUCCAUAAUGCUUAGACACACACCAGUACCACCAAGCCAAUAUGAAGUACUUUGGGAUCAAAACAACCUUACUAUUCCUUUCAGUGUGAAAUGCUGAUAUGGCUUUCAGCUAGCUAGUAUUUAUGAUUUUUUUGGGGGGAGUUUUUUUUUGUUUUUUGUUUUUUUUUUUGUCUGAAACACUGCCAGUGUGUGUUGUUCAUUCUACUACUGUGUCAGUGCACUCAUCCCUGGGUUCAUUCAGCUCUCCUCUCUCUAUUCAGCUUUCUUCCUCCUCCCUCUAAUUCAAGGUAUUGACACUGACACACGAGCAAAAGAUUAACUUCAUUAAUCCUGAUUAUUACUUUAACCCACUGAGUGAUGCCUCCAGAUUUUUUUUUUUCCCCGUCCUUUUUAAAUCUGCACAACAAAAACAACGUGGCCUUAACUGUUGCGAUUCUCUUCAUGUCUCAGCAAGCAGAGAACAAGGAUUAAAAGUGUCUAACAUCAAACUUAACAUUUCUCUCCACUCUGAAAUUAACAUUUUGGUUCUUUGAUCUGAGAACGGGUGUUUUUCGCCUAUAACACCUGCUUUUACACCAGCAAGUAGAGACAGAGAUUGGAUUACUGGCAACCUGCCCAAAUUGUUUUUUUGUUUUUUUUUGUUUUUUCCUCCUUUGUGCAUUUGGUGUUAGGAGCCAUGCGCUUUAAAAAAACAAUAUUUUAUUAAUGUAGGAUUGGCCUUUCAUGUUUUUGAUUGGCUCCUCUGUGCCUUAAUGAGCAACUUGAGCAAAAAUCCGUCCAUUAGCAGCCUUGCCUUUUAUAUGUCAGAGACGUUUUCAGUGGCUCGCCUCGAAAACCAAGCUGAUGGAAAAAAAAAAAGAAAAAAGACAUUAUGGGCAAGUUAUUUUCCAGAGCACAAUGUGUUACAAACACUGCCUAAAAUUUCGCUACUGUGAGUUGAAAAGUGCCUUUUUUCCUAAAAUUGGAAAAUUAUAUAUUUUUGUACUUUAUCAUUCAAGUGCCAAUUUUCUGUCUCCCUUUAUCUCACCAAAAGCCUUUUUGUUGAGCACAAAAAAACUAAAUGCCCACGCUUUUUUUUUUUUUCUCCCAGCACAAUGUACAUACACUUUGAAACAUAAAUUUGGGAAAGGUUGACCAAAGUGGGGAAUUUGGUCACAGGUGUUUCCCUCCAUUAAACUUUGGCUUAAUGGGUCCUGUUUUUGAUUUGAUCCACUGAGAACUACUUCUUUUUUCCUGUGAUUGGACCACAGUAUGCAGUAAAUGGCUGUGUGCAUACUGCUGCCACCUCUGGCCGAGUUCUCAGUGCAUUUCCAAAUCUGUCGCAGGGCAUUCAGUGUAUUUAUCUACUAACUGCCUUUUCACCUGUCAAUCUUUUAUUUUUCUUCUGUUCUGUUUAACAAACAUUCCUCCAAUGAGUUAAACGGCAGGUUAACCAAUCAGUAUUGGUCUCAGCGAUGUAGCACUCAGGUGGUUAAAGGGCAAAUGCUACCAAAAUACAGAAAGAAAAAUUUAGCCCCACUGGAUUUUUUUUUUUUUUUUUUGACUGUGAUGAAUAUGCAUUAAAAAGUAUAAUACAUUUUUUCCUAAAAUUAUACUAGUAUGAUUAUAUACUGUAAGUUCCUCAUCCAUAUAGUGGUGCACUAAAAUCUGUGAGAUUUUUUUUUUUCUUUUUUCGUGGAGUUGUAAGUUUUUAUGUGAAGUAGCUUUUAUUUUGUUUUGUGUUUCCUUGUUUUUAUAGAGGAUUAGACUGAGAAUUUUGACUAGGGUGUAAAACAUGUAAUGCCAGUUUUUGUUGCUCACACCAAAAAAAAAAAAAGGAAAACAAAUGUCAUGUGUGCAAUAAAGAACCAUAUUUACAAGCUUC